AUGCCAAAUUGGAAGACACGAAUCCCAUCAGAUUGUACCUUUUUGCCGAUUUACACAUUUACAGUUUUUACGCGCAAGAGCUUUGGUUGCUCUUCAACCACAUCCCAUAGCUUCGAUUUCUCGAUCACAUUUGGAAAACCAGAAACAGAUGCGAAAUACCUACAAACAAAAGUCGAUCGAAAAUCCUACCUUCUCGUCGAUGCAAACAGUUGGGAAAUCGGAAAACCCCCAAUCGAAUUUCAAGACAUACAAGACAUCUCAAAAACCGACGAUGACGACCCAUACAAAUACCACGGGUACCAUUCGUUCAGCGAAGCUCGACUCGAUUUGGGAACAUCGAGGAGUCCUGGAGCUACAAAUCUGCCAUUCGCGGGUACAAAUGGUUUUCAGAAAUCGUUGACUUGGAAAUUCUCGUUUAAACCGGAAAGAAUGGUGAUACAAGAUGAAGGGGAUACGUAUAAGAGUGCAAGCGUUCUUUCUUUGGUGACGUUUACUUCACUAUUGAUUGAAUUUGUGGUGAGGCUUGGGAAUUUGGUGGUGACGUUUGAGGAAUUGAAUGAGACGACGAAGUUCAAGGCGCCGAUGGCGGAUUUGGGGAUCUUUACGAUUUGCAUAUUAUUUCAUUAA